AUGGGCUCGCAGUCGCCGCGAACAGCUCCAGUCCCCCCCAAGAGAGUUCAACCUCACACAACGGAAUCUUUCCUCCAGCUUUCGAUGGCAGGAGGUGAAGUUGAUUUUAUGGACACCCAACCCGCUCUCAAAAGCAUUAAUGAUGACCCCAUUGGAGCUAUAAAGAGGAAUCUCCCACCGCCUGUAAAUCGUGCAGAAAAACCUAAAAUACCCACGAAACCAGUCUUGGUGGCCGGGAAGAUCAAUCUUGAGCCGCUCGUUCCAGCAGCUGACGAAAAGGUAUCCCCGUUCAGCACACCACCAAGCAGCGACGAGAGCGUAGAACCGGAUACUAACAAGCUCGACCGGCAUAGAGCUUCGCGGAUCGAAGGAAGAGGCACACAGGGAAGACGGGUUGCUCCAGAAUUUGCCUUCCAGUCUCUACAUGGAACGCAGCGUCCUAGCGAUCGAGUGGUAGCUCAGAAGUCCCAAGGUUCCGAUGCUCGAAAACUUGGAUUUACACAAGGUAUUAUUUCACACCAUGCUAUGGCGGAUAAUCCACCGGGACUUCCGCCUCGCAGGGCGCAAGACCAGCGAAGAUCGAUGCAAGAACUCGAUGUCCCAAACAGUAAACAAGCCAACCUGACGACACCAUUUGCGCCAAAAUCCGUACCUCGUAAUAGCACAACACAAUUGCAACGUACACUUACUUCGCCACCAGAUUUCUUACCUCCACCCAAGGGAGCCUCGACAUUCAAGACUUCUAACAUAACACAUGCCGAAAUAUCACAUCCCCCACACACAGUUGACCAUGAAAAGCAAGUGACAUCGUACCUCACAAUCGAUAUCCCAGAAAUUCAGGAGUCAGAGACGGCCAGCUAUGCCGUGCCAGCGUCGGACUAUCCGGAAGCAGCGAACUCAAAUAGACGGCACCCAUACCUAAAAAGCAGCACACGAGCAAUCGAGACGCAUUAUGAUACCAGACUUAUUGAUGCUUGCGGUCAGUAUGUGUGCACAACAGGCCAUCUCACGAGGGCCUGGGAUUCGACCACUGGAGAACUGAUUCUCAGUCUUGGUCAUGGCGAGAAGGAAAUACGAGUGACAGCUCUGGCUUUCAAACCAGGGACAAAUGCCCGUGAAGAGGGCUCUCGUCUCUGGCUGGGAACCAAUAAUGGAGACAUACAAGAAGUCGAUAUUGCAACACAAAGUUUUAUUUAUACAAAGUCCGGUGUACAUGACAGGCGGGAGAUCAUAAAGAUUUAUCGCCACCAGAGCUCCAUGUGGACUUUAGAUGACGGUGGAAAGCUUUGUGUCUGGCUGGGGGACGAAGCAGGUUUGCCAGACCUCCAGCGCAGCCCCUUCUCUCACAAAGUACCCAAGGGUCAUACUUUCUCUAUAACCAUACAGGACACUUUGUGGAUAGCCACGGGGAAAUAUAUCAGGAUCUUCCGGCCCAAUGCCAGCGAAAGCGCAGCGUUCUCAAUAAUCCAGGACCCUCUCACUCAACCUGGCGUUGGAACUGUCACUUCUGGCGCAGUCAUUGGCGGUCAACUCGACCGCGUCUAUUUUGGUCAUGCGGACGGCAAAGUCACAAUAUAUUCGACCACCGACUUUACUUGCUUGGGUCUUGUUAGUAUUAGUGUCUAUAAGAUCAGUUCUUUAGUUGGCGCUGGUUUCCAUCUUUGGGCUGGCUACAAUACAGGCAUGCUUUAUGUUUACGACACAAGAACACGACCUUGGACUACGAGAAAAGAUUGGCCUGCUCAUGGUGGCCCGAUUCUUAACAUAUUGGUUGAUCGGAGUAGUUUAUGGAAGGACGGAGUUCUCCGAGUCGUAUCGCUUGGCGCAGACAAUGUUGUACGAUUUUGGGACGGGACUUUGGAAGACGACUGGCUUGUUAACGACAUGCAAGACCGUGACGUUGAGUAUUGUUCAUUUCGGGAGAUAACGGCGCUUGUGGUGACUUGGAAUGCCGGUGCUUCAACCCCGGCGCACUUUCGCUACGAGGAGAACGAGCCUCAGUUCUUCCGGGAUGUCCUUCAAGAGGGUAAGCCGCCUGACUUGUUAGUAUUUGGCUUCCAGGAGCUCAUAGAUCUGGAGGACAAAAAGCUCACUGCAAAGACCCUAUUCAAGGCGAACAGGAAGAAGGAUCCUUCGGAGCAGGAACACAUGAGCCGGCAGUACAGAGCAUGGCGCGACUAUCUUGUCAGAUGCAUUGAGGAUGGCAUGCCGUCCAAUGAGCCGUACCAUCUUCUGCAUACUGCUAGUAUGGUUGGACUUUUUAGUUGUGUUUUCAUCAAAGCUUCCCAGCGUCAUCAAGUCCGCGACAUCAAUGCUGCUGAGAUCAAACGUGGGAUGGGCGGUCUACAUGGCAACAAGGGUGCCCUUCUCCUACGCUUUAUUCUCGACGACAGCUCCCUGUGCUUAGUUAACUGUCAUCUUGCUGCAGGCCAGACACAGACUGUCCACCGCAACAACGAUCUUACAGCAAUACUGGAAUCGAUGGUACUGCCGCCGAUUCAUACCUCGACACGCACUGAAACUUUGACUGGGGGCGGAGACGGCUCCAUGAUCCUCGAUAAUGAAAUUUGCAUACUGAAUGGGGAUUUAAACUACCGAAUUGAUACCAUGGGACGUGACACAGUUGUGAAGGCAGUCAAUGCCAGGAACUUCUCGAAGCUGCUAGAGAGAGAUCAGCUUCUUGUGUCGCGCAGGAGAAACCCAGGAUUUCGAGUACGGGCGUUUAAAGAGUUUCCGAUCGCUUUCGCUCCAACGUACAAAUAUGAUGUUGGUUCUGAUCGAUAUGAUACAAGCGAGAAGCGUCGAGCACCGGCUUGGUGCGACCGUAUCCUCUAUCGUGGUGCUGGAAAGAUCAAACAAUUGGACUACCGACGCCAUGAACUACGCGUUUCCGACCAUCGCCCAGUAAGCGGGCUCUUCAAGAUGCGCAUCAAGACAAUCUCAGAGAACAAGCGGGCAGAGGUAUGGAGGGAGUCAGGGAUUAGAUUUUCAAAGGCCAAAGAAAAACUCGCGAAAGAAGCCAAGGUUGAGUACCUCCGUGAUGUUCUUGGAGUUCCACCUGCAGAAGCCAUGCGUCUUGUGUGA